AUUGUGGUCCAUAUGGUCGGUGCCGGCGAUAGAUGGCCAUUUUUCUUCUUGCAUUAUAGAAAUAUUGGCUGCUUUCUAUGCACUAUUUAAGCCUUGCCUUAAUAAGCAACAAGCACCUUAACGAACGCCAAAGUUCAAAGCUAGUGAUCAUUUGGCCUUUGAAAACUCUUUCUCUCUUUCACUCUCUUUUUUACUGAGCCAAAAAUGGUGAAGUUGGAAUUUGGUAACUUGGGUGACUCUUUCCGUUUUGGCUCACUCCAGGCCUAUUUGGCUGAGUUCAUUGCCACUUUGCUUUUUGUAUUUGCUGGUGUUGGAUCUGCCAUUGCUUUUGACAAGGUGACGUCUGAUGCGGCCUUGGACCCGUCAGGACUGGUAGCAAUAGCUGUCGCACAUGCAUUUGCACUGUUUGUAGGGGUCUCUGUGGCUGCCAACACCUCAGGUGGCCAUUUGAAUCCAGCUGUCACUUUUGGAUUGGCAAUUGGUGGCCACAUCACCAUCCUCACUGGCAUCCUCUAUUGGAUUGCUCAGUUGCUCGGUUCCAUUGUUGCCAGUUUGCUCCUCAAGUUAGUCACUGAAGCCGAGAAUGUCCCAACCCAUAGUUUGGCUGCAGGAUUGGGUGUAAUUCAAGGCGUGGUGUUUGAGAUCAUCAUAACUUUUGGAUUAGUCUACACUGUCUAUGCCACAGCUGCAGACCCUAAGAAGGGUUCGCUCGGAAUUAUAGCACCAAUUGCAAUUGGGCUUGUUGUUGGAGCCAAUAUUUUGGCAGCCGGUCCAUUUAGCGGUGGUUCGAUGAACCCGGCUCGUUCAUUUGGACCAGCUGUAGUUAGCGGAGACUUCUCACAAAACUGGAUCUAUUGGGUUGGUCCAUUGAUUGGUGGAGGUUUGGCUGGGCUUGUCUAUGGUGACAUUUUCAUUGAAUCUUAUACUUCAGUUCCACCUUCAGAAGAGUAUGCAUAAAAAUCAUAUUUAAUAAUUAUGAGCUUUGGGUUUAUGAAGUAAUUUUCUUGAAUUUUGGGCUCAAGCAUUUGUGUAGUUUUGUUGUUGUCCAGCCAAAAAAGAAUUUGUACCUGUUAAUAAGAAUUGUAAAUGAUAAAAUACAUUUUGGCUUUAUGA